CAAACAUCCACAGCGUGCAUCAUGGCAGAUAAGCUGGAUUUAAUCUCCAAGUGCAUAAGAACUUUCCCUGAUUUCCCUACGAAAGGCAUUCCGUUCAAAGAUAUUUUCCCAAUCUUAAAGGACCCGAAGGCUGUUACUGCAGUGACAGAUCUGUUUGAAGAGUACGUGAGAAACACUUACCCUCAGGUGGAUCUCAUAGUGGGACUUGAUGCUCGAGGGUUUCUAUUCGGGCCACUUUUGGCUUUGAGAUUAGGAAUAGGAUUCGCUCCGAUCAGGAAAAAAGGAAAGCUCCCUGGUCCCACAAUAUCAGUUGCCUAUAGUCUUGAGUAUGGAAAGGCCGAGGCAGAGAUGCAGGAAGAUGCUGUAUCUGCUGGACAGAAAGUGCUAAUCAUUGAUGAUUUACUUGCUACAGGAGGCACUCUGUAUGCAGCCAUUGAGCUGAUCAAGCAGCAGAAGGCAGAGGUUUUAGGCUGUUUGGUGGUGGUGGAGCUCAAGUAUCUCAAUGGAUCUGACAAGCUGAAGCCCACACCGGUGUUCUCUUUAAUACAGUACUGACGGUCCUAUACUUUCACAUCAUGUGCGGCUCUGUCUUAUUUUGUAGGUUUUUCAGAGGAACAAUCUAUUAUUGGCACUAUGGUUUACACUUCAGGAAUUUUAGGGGGUUUCAAUCAAUUCUGUAUUAUUAUUAUGUUUUUUUUUUAUUCUACCAUGGAAAAUGACAUUACUUGUAAAAGAACCUUGCUGUGUAUAAAAUCAUUUCAAACUUGAGAUAGGUACUUGUUUUACAUAAUUACUUAAUUUUUGGUUAGCACCGUCACCUCAUAGUAAGAAGGUCACUGGUUUGAGUCCUGGCUUGGCCAGUUGGCAUUGCUGUGUGAAGUUUGCAUGUUCUCCCCAUGUCGGUGUGGGUUUUCUCCGAGUGCUCCGGCAAUCCCUACAGUCCAAAUACACGCGCUAUAGGUGAAUUGAACAAACUAAAUUUCCUGUAGUGUAUGUGUGUGAAUGAGUGUGUAUGGAUGUUUCCCAGUACUGGGUUGCAGCUGGAAGGUUAUCCGCUGUGUAAAACAUAUGCUGGAUGAGUUGGCGAUUCAUUCCACUGUGGUGAUCCCUGAUAAAUAAAGGGAUUAAACCGAAAGAAAACAAAUGCAAUUUGUACAAUGUUGGCUGCCAGCAUCAGUUAUUUUACUUGUGUUAAUGAGAUAUUCACUCAAAAAUGAAAGUUUACUCACUUUUUACUUGCCUUCAGGUGGUUACCGAAUUAUAUGAAUUUUCUUUUUCUGUUGAGCAUAAAAGAAGGGUUUUUUUGUUACCCACCAAGCAAUUUUGUGUUUGAAAGACGUCUAAACAGACAGUACAUUUACACUGAUAACUCAAAUCUCUAAGAAUAGCCUAAAACUAGACUAUACUCAUCAAAUACACAUUCAUAUCCAAAGUUGGAAAAACAUAAAAUGAAAUCCAAUGGGUUUCCAAGCUUUUCUAAAAUAUCUUCUUUUGUGUUUAACAAGAGAGAUACUACAACAGGUCUAUGAUAACUGAAGGUUGAUUAAAGCAGUGUUUCUCAAAACACCUUCCUGGAGGACCACCUGCAAUGCAUGUUUUGGAUGUCUCCUUUGUCUGUAACCGAUUACAGUUCUUUCAGUCUCUGCUAAUGAGAAGAUGAUCUGAAUUGUUUAAGGAAAGAUGGAAAUGUGCAGAGUUGGUGAUCCCCCAGAAAUGUCGUUGAGAAACAUUGGAUGAAGAAAAUAAUCAUAUUAGAUUUGGGGCAUCAUUUUCAGAUUUGGGUGAACUAUCCCUUUUUAUUCCAAUUUAUGAAUCCUCUCGUGGCCUCUUUGGAUAGCAACAUGUCUAACGUAUGCACACUUAGUACAUUAGUAUGUUUUUAGAAAAGCGGGCCUUAAUACGAUCCCUAAUGGUUCUCUGAUCUCUUGCAAAAAAAAAAAAAAGACUGCUGCCAAUCCAAUUUCAGACAUCUCUUUGCAAACUUCCCUAAGCAUUUCCAAUCUUGAUGGAAUCCCACUUUGAGUUUACUUCACGUGUACACUCACAACUAUAUGUCCCGCAAUGCAAAUGUGAUGUCACAACAGCGACUUGUAUUGUGUAGUAGUUUUCAAAUGGUUGGUGUAUUCCAUUUAAUCCAUUUCAGAUGUUCCACCAGUAGUGGACACUUGUAUGAUGAUCAGUGAUGUACAUACGAGUUGACAAGACAGGGAACCUUGGUAAACUCUGACCUACGAAUGUGCAUGGCAUGAGACCAAUAGGAGAACAAAAGCGUUUUAAAUGUUGAGGUCUUGCGUUUUUUAUUCCCCUUUUUACAUCAUCACAACAGAAUUUUGCAUGCUCAAACUCUAGUCUUAUUAUUAAACUCUAUGCCUUGUCAACAAGCACACAUAAAUUGGACAUUUUGGGAAUGGAUUAUUCCAUUUACAAUGCUGUAGCAGGAAAGUAUAUAAUUUGGGUGUCAGUAAGGUUAUAGAGAUGCUUGAUUUGAGCUUCCAGCUUCUGUGCAUACAAAUAAAACAACAGCUUAAAAGCCAUUUUUUGCAUGAAAUUGUUUUAUUGUAAAUGAAUCAGUGCACACUGGUGAACUAGAAGAACCACAAAGUUUAGGUUACCAAAUGUGCCAAACGUAGUCUUGAUAUGAAAUUCUGCUACAUUGAAACCUUU